AGGUAUAAAACGAUGAAGGUAAUCUUUCUAGAACGUCAUUCUGCUGUUGCUGUGUAGGGUGGUGAGAUAAGUUUAUAAUUAUCCGUUACGUGCGCAGGUACAUUCUAAAAUGAAUCCCAUCAGUUUUGUUACGAUUGUCGUAGCCGUUCUAUUGAGCGGUGUUUUUGGAAAGCCUCAAAAGCCAAAUUUGGAAGAUAUCGGAAAAAUUCAAAAUGGUGAAACUUAUGCCUUGGAGUGCCUCUUAUCAAGCGGAUUGAGUAUAGAUUCGGUGAAAUCUCUGCAAACUGGAGAUUUUUCUGGAUCAGGAGCCAAAGUCAAAUGUUUAGUGAGAUGCUUUUUCGAGAAAACCGGCUUCAUGGACGCCGAAGGUAACCUUCAGCAGGACGCCAUAGUCAAACAGUUGAGCCAGUUUUUGUCGAAAGCGGAAGUGGAAAACUUGGUGAAAAAGUGUGACGUUUCAGGAACUGAUCCCUGCGAUACGGCCUAUCGGGCGACCGAAUGUUAUUUCAAAAAUAAAGCUGACCUGUUUUAAUUGAUCGGAAAAUUGCCCGGCGGCCGCAAUGAACUGUUAACACGCGAUUCGCACUGCAACGACUGAAUUAACUGGUAAUCACGCAUCAUUAACGGUUAUGAUGUUAGUUUUUGCGGCACUCUGGAAAAUCGGCAGGCUGUUGUUAAAAAUAACUUAAAUUCUUGAACCAGAAAAAUCAACAGCACAUAGAACAGUGUUUGGUGGGAAAAUAAACACUCAGUAUUAAAUGGCCAGACUAGCGUGUUGAACUUUUCAAUUGUGCAUGAGUUUCUUUCUUUGAACAGUAAUACAAUUAAUCGCAGCGAACGAUUACAGAUACGAUGAAUUGGUUUUAAUUGCCUUAGAUAGAAAUUGAAUGCGGAGAUUAAACCUGUUAUAAACGA